AUGGCCCCGCGCGGUGGCACCCAGGCCCCUGCAGGGCAGGUCGGGGUCGGGGCCAGGGCUGCCUCGUUCCCCGAGAAGUCGGUCCUGAGCCAGCUGCAGCUGAAGCUGGAGAAGCGGCUCUUGGCGGCUUCUGCCUGCACCAAGUCGGUGGAGCAGGGCGCGAAGAAGCAGAGGAAGGCCGAAGCCGGUGCCCGCAAGGCUGCCAAGCAGAGCUCGCCUGCCCCCAGGGUGGCCGGAGCUGACAAGCUGGAGUACAAGGACAAGCACCGGGGCACGCAGCAGACCAUCAUGGCCUACCUGGAGACCUGCCUCUUCCUGGACAAGCCCGACUGGGCCCAGCAGUGCCUGAUCUUCUGCUACCACUCCCGCAAGUACCGCAAGCUCCUGUGCAGCAAGAUGUACAACAUCCUCCUGCGUGGCUGGGCCAAGAAGGGCUCCCUGAAACAGGUCAGUGGCAUAUUCUUCAUGCUGCACAACGCCGGCCUGAAGCCCACCGUGGAGUCCUAUGCGAUGGCGCUGGAGUGCAUGGGCCGCGUGUCUUGUGCGCCCAAGAAAAUCAGACAGUGCAUGAAGCAGCUGGAGAAGGAUGGCUUCCACCUGAAUGACCUAUUCCAGCAUGUCACCUAUGAGGAUGAUGGGCAGGACAUGGUGCUGGCAGCUCUGCGGGUCAUCCAGCCCAAAUACCAGCUACCGCCCCCACCCCAGGCCGAGGCCUACACAAAGCCCGUGCUCCGGGACUUCUACUCCAAGAAGCUGGCUGGGCUCUACCCCAAGCUGGACUUCUCAGUGGAAGAGCUGCAGGAGCUCUUCCAGAAGCAGCUGGACAUGGAGAUGACCAGCACUGUCACCAUACCGUCUUUGAAUAUUAUUGGGUCCCUGAGCCAGCGCAGUGUCAAAGCGCAGAAGCACCUGGCCUCACUAUGUUCCCAGUGGCAGCAGUCACUGCUGCAAGGCCUGCAGGAGUCCAGGCAACACCAGGCUAAAAACAUGAAGAAGGCUGGCCCAAAGGCCCUCUACCCCUACCUGUGUCUGCUGAAGGACAAGGAGUACGUAGAGAUCAUGCUCCAGACCCUGAUGAACCUCCCACCCCAGGGUGAGAUGCUGUCAAUAGUGGCUAAGGAGCUGGGCAGCAAGGUCUACAUCAAGUACAUGCUGCAGAAGAAGGUGUGCAGCCAGGUGCUGGACAAAGUCCAGAGGGUCUACAAGGACUAUGUCCACCUGCUGGCCAGAGACACCCAGCCAGACAGCUACCUGCCACGGGAGUACUGGGAAAAGCUGGAGGCCAGCACCAGCCCCUUGCUGAUGAAAAGAGACUCAGAUUGGCCCGAGGCCGUGCGCCUGGCGGUGGGCAUCUGCCUGCUGGAGCUGAUGGUGCAGGUCCUUAAGGUGCAGAGCAACCUGCUGAACUGCAACCGGGAAUGGAAACUCAUUCCUGUCCUCUACCACGUCUACUCCUUCAGCACCAACCAUCGGAUUGGGCUCAUCAAGCCCCACCCCAUCUUCAGUCACGUGGUGGUAGAUGCGGCCAAGCCCGUGCUGACCUUCAGCACCUCCCAAAUGCCCAUGCUGUGCCCGCCCAUACCUUGGAUCUCCCCCAGCUUCGGCACCUAUAUCCUGUCCCCCACCAAGCUGAUGCGCAGCACAGAUGGCGCCAUCCAGCACCAGAUACUGCUGGAUGAAUGCCCUUCUGCCACCCUGCACCCUGUGCUGGAUGCCCUGAACUAUCUGGGCAACUGCCCCUGGAAGAUCAACCAGCCUGUGCUGGACAUCGUGAUCUCCAUCUUCAAUGACAAGGGCUCUGAGAAGCUGGACAUCCCGCCCCCACUCUCAGAGGCCCCCAAGCCAUCAAAGCAGACCUCAGUGAAGAUGGGCUCCCUAGAGAGCAAGGCAGCUAUGAGGCAGGAGCUGGCACAGUGCCGGAAAAAGGCAGCGGAGAUGUACAGCCUGCGGAUGGACGCCCUCUACAUGUUGUCCAUCGCCAACUACCUGCGGGACCAAGUCUUUUGGCUUCCGCACAACAUGGACUUCCGGGGCAGGACCUACCCCUGCCCACCCUACUUGAACCACCUGCGCAACGACGUUGCCCGUGGCAUCCUGCUCUUCGCCAAGGGCAAGCCACUGGGCCCCCACGGCUUUGACUGGCUCAGGAUCCACCUUGUCAACCUCACUGGGCUGAAGAAGAACAAGUCACUGCAGGACCGGCUGGCCUAUGCCAAAGAGAUCAUGGAGGACAUCCUGGACUCGGCUGACCACCCACUCACAGGCCGCAAGUGGUGGAUGGGCACGGAUGAGCCGUGGCAGGUCUUGGCCUGCUGUAUGGAGAUUGCCCGGGCCUCGCGGGUGCCUGAUCCUGCUGCCUACAUCUCGCACUUCCCCAUCCAUCAGGACGGCUCCUGCAACGGUCUGCAGCACUAUGCCGCCCUCGGCCGGGACCUCAUUGGUGCCACCUCUGUCAACCUCAUGCCCUGUGACGAGCCGCAGGACGUUUACACCACUGUGGCCAAGCAGGUGGAGGAGUUGCGGCGUCAGGAUGCAGAGGAAGGUGUGCACGUCGCCCAGCUCCUGGAGGGCUUCAUCAAGCGCAAGCUGGUGAAGCAGACGGUGAUGACAGUCGUGUACGGCGUCACCCGGUACGGCAGCCGGCUCCAGAUGGAGAAGCAGCUCAAGGAUAACGAUGGCUUCCCCGAGGAGUUCUUGUGGGCAGCGUCACACUACCUGGUCCAGAAGGCGUUCUUCAUCCUCCAGCAGAUGUUCUCAAGGACACGGGAGAUCCAGGCCUGGCUGACGGACAGCGCACGUCUCAUCUCCCAGUCCGGGAGGACGGUGGAGUGGGUGACGCCACUGGGCUUGCCCAUUGUGCAGCCCUACCAUCAGACCAGGCGCGCCUCAGUGCAGAGCGCAAUGCAGGUUGUGACGGUCAAGAUGCAAUUUGACAACAGCCAGAAACCGAACACGAUGAAGCAAAAAAACGCCUUCCCACCCAACUUCAUCCACUCACUGGACUCCACGCACAUGAUGCUCACGGCGCUGCACUGCUGCAGGCAAGGCCUGACCUUCGUCUCAGUACAUGACUGCUACUGGACCCACGCGUGCUCUGUGGACAUCAUGAACCAGAUGUGCCGGGAGCAGUUUGUGGAGCUGCACAGCCAGCCCAUCCUGCAGGACCUGGCCCAGUUCAUGCUGCAGAAGUACUGCACGGUCAACUCCCCCAUGUGCAAGAAGUCCAUGAUGCUGGAGGAGAUACUCUCCAAAAUUCCUGAAACAGGUGAUUUAGACCUGGAGAAGGUGAAGGAAUCCACCUACUUCUUCAGCUGACCUGGCGCUGACCAGUGGCUCUGCUCUGGCCCGGUGGCUGCCUGCUUGGACUCUGGACACUGCCGUGCUCGGCUCCGUGGCCUUGGUUGUGGGAGUGCCCACAGCGGGUGCAGCAGGAGGCCCCAGGGCAUGGCCUGCCAGACAGCUGGAGCACUGAGCUCCCUCCAGGAGCCGUGGGCUGAGCUGGAGCCCCCUGUGCCCAUCUGCCCCCAGUAAGGCUUGACCUUGCCUGAGCGUUCACCUCAAACGUCAAGGGGCCCUGGCAAGAGGUCCACUCUGCUGCUGCUCGCUCGGGGCUCCAGCCUGCUGGCCCCUGCCCUCCCCUGUGUGUCCGGGUGGCAUGUGUCCUUGCUGCAAAUGUGCUCUCGGUGUCAGUGGUGCCUUCAGCCCCUCCCAGCCUGGGGUCUUGUCAGGCUGGGGAGCAAAGGGAGCAGCACUGGGGAUCCCAAAACUGGUUUCAGGGCUUCCAGAAAUGGCUUCCAAACAAGGCUGGAAGGGCAGGACUCAGCUGUCUCGAGGGCUGAGAGGUCUCAGUGCCCAUUCAACCCUGUGCAGGGGGGAAGGGACACACACAAUGGGGGCUUCUCUGCGAUUGCUAGCUGCACCCGUGUGAUCUACUUUGGCCACAGUGGAGACCCAGGCUGAAGCUUCCCUGCCUUGGUGUCCCUGAGCCCCUUGUGCCAUGGCAGGCUUCCUUGGCUCCAAGAGAGAAAGGGGGAAGGGGCCUGCCCCUCUGGGAGCUGGGGUUUUGCUGAAUCCCAUGAUGCUGAGUCCCCUUUUGGGGAUGCACAGGCCCCUUUGCUGCAGCGCAGCCUCGGCCUAGGCUCGGGGCACGGUGCUGAGCUGCAGCCAGUGUGUAUGAUAGCGUAAAUAAAUGGUUUUUACAUCAUCUCGUGGUGGU